GAGUAGAAGCUUCAUAUUAGGUAGUACCUGGAUUCAGGAUAAGAGCAUGGUAAGGAAAACGACGAUGGCGUUUUAAAUAAAUUCUCCUUUGCCUAGCCAGGUAAGCAAGUGCACGAUUGACAUCUUCUUCCUCUGAUCGUAGAGACAAUAAAACUGCAGAAAGUCGUUCCUUUUCACCCGCGAUUUUUGGUGCCGUUGGAGGUUGGGGUUCAAUGAAUACUGCCUUGCCGUUCCCUGCAAUCAUGUUAAAAAUAACCGUGAACAAACGAAACUGGAAUGGGGUUGAUUAAGUCUGCAAGUUAAUUAGGAAACACGACAGCGAUAUUGACUGGUGAUGUUUCUAUUGGAAGCUUUCACCGUGCAUUGGCGUUUUCGGUUUUCAUUGGAAGAUUCCCCUGGGUACUUUCGCUUGUUGACCAUGUAGAGGAGGUCUCCGGGUGAACUGUGGAAAAGUAUGUACUGGGAAUGAAAUGAGGCAGCUAUGAACGGGAACUGGCAGUCUCCGGGGAUUGGGUUGUCCGAGGACGAUGAGGCGGCAGGAGAAGAAUCUGGUGACAAUUAGGGCAGCACCAUUCCCGGAUAAUCGAAACGGGAUUGUGGUAUGGGGAAGAAUUGGCACUUCGGGGAUGAUAAUGUCAUGCCUCGAUGAGGCGGAUGAUAGUAGUAGCCGGCUGCAACUCGGAUUGGAUCACUUGAGUAAAGAAUCUACGCUGAUCCUGUGCUGUGAAGUGGAAACGUGCUUUGAAAAUGGGGAAGAAUUGUUCAGGACAAAGGGAUGAGAGACAACGAAUCUUCUCUGAGGCAAUGAAACAUUUCCUUUCAAUUAUUUGUUUUGGGCCCAAGCUUUCAUUUAUUUGUAGAUGAGUAUCUGUUUAGGUGGUAAAGGGGCCGAAAGUGCUGGGCCCAAUUACACAUCUAGGUGUACCUACGGGUUCUUUUUCUAAGGGGCUUAAAAUUCAAGGAACACAUUGACACUACUACCCUUCCUGAAUUUAUGACUUGUGAAGGAGUAGCUGAUGUGGCAAUCUUCAUUUGUGGGCUUGUGUAUAUAUAGAUGUUUUGAUACAUGCUAUACUUCCUAGAUUUGAGUCUAUGAAAUAUAACUUUGCAUAAUAGUUGUACACAUGGAACGGGAUAUGGUGCAUACCGCAUGCAAACCAAAGACAAAAAUGAUAUUCAAAAUAUUAUUUUGAUUAAUUAAAUUCUGGAAAUAAAAAAGUUAUAUUAAAUAUAUUUUUAGAAUAAAAAAUCAAUAUUACUAUAUUUUUUAAUUAAGACCAUGCAUUAAUUACGUUCUCUGUCUUGCCGUCCACCCCCCCCCCCCCAUUUCUUGUUAGUUUCGCUUCCUUCCUUAUGGUCGUCCACCCCCCUUCCUUAUCUAAUGGUGGUGAUCACGCCAAGGGCGUUUCUGGAAGCCUAUUGUAAUGGGAAAAUUUUGAAAAUAAACAUUAAUGCAUGGAGUGCAAUUAUGCAGCGUGAUUGGUGGUUGCAUUUCAGCUCACCCUAAUUGCGUCUCUUCCCCUACCAUUUCUGGUUCUUUCAAUGAUCGACCUACAAUGGACGAUUAUGGUGAUCGACCUACAAUGGACGAUUACAACAUCAACGUUGACGGAGAUACAAUAUACUGUUCCAUCAGCAACGAUGACGACAAAGAUGGGGUGGGUGCUGAACAGUCGUGGCUAUUUGGAUUUGACCUGAACGUAUCUAUCAUACACAAGUAACAGAGAAGACAUAUAUGAGGCGAGAGUUGAACGGACGGAAAAUGACGAUGAUCAACAAAGAGUUUCUAGAGAACUACGAAAAGACGGGUAACGUUGACGAUGACCUGUACAUAGAGAAUGGUGAAGACGACGAUGAUGGCAUUAUGAAAGUCGCUGACAUAAAAAAUCUCGGUAGGGUUAACCAGUGACGUUACGACUUCAGUUGAAGUGGCAUCAGCAAUUUAGUGGUACAACUACUGCGCCAACAAAAAUGUACCAGUAGUUCUAGUUCAAGUUAUGCAGUAGUAGUUUUAUGGUAGGGGUAGACACCUACUAGUAGUCAUCUAGUGGUAGACACCGCAGUGGUAGUCACCUCGCGGUACUUCAUUUCUACUUGUAGACACCUUGUGGUAUAAUUAACGAUUUUGGUAUUAUUAUGUUGGAGAUAUUUGUUGGCUAGUGGUAGUAACCUAUUGGUACAAUGUACUUGUGGUAUUAGCCUACUGUCAUAAGUUACAUAGUAUGACCUCUCAUGCAUAUACUAGUGGUACAAUGUACAAGUGAUAUUAGCCUACUUGUACCACUACACAGGUACAAGUACCACUCGACUAGUACAAAUACCAUCUUAGCUGUCUCAGUGGAGUGGUACAUGUAACUAUUUACCAGUUGAGAGUUAGUUGUACCAGUAGACUAUACCACUGAAGAUUUUAUGCUACCAUUGCAGAACAAAUCCACUAGUGCGAGUUGUACUGAAAAUUGAUAAUAUUACUCAAAACCAAUUGGUAUUAACUAUUAAUUAAGAUGUCACUAGUUCGUCCAAUUACAUCUUUUCACAUUAGGGAUAGCAACAAUACUAAAAUUCAUUUGUGGAGCGUCUUGCCAUUGAGCCACUGGCAGUGCUCAAUCAUAUUACAUGUCAUGAAUCCAGACACUUUGUGUGUUUUGGUCAGCGCUCAUGUCUAUCAUGUUGGCUACGAUCUCCUAAAAGUUAUGGCGCAAAGUGGACAAUUAACAGAAUCUUUGUUC